ACAGCCAGGAAGAAGAGGUGAAGUGGACAAAAUGAUCAGAAAGUGUGAAUGGAUUUUUUCUAUAUUAUCACAACAAACAGUAUCCAUUACAUCAACAUCAGUCCUAUGGUCUAGUGGUAUGACGCUUCCUUCACACAGUUCGCUCUGUCUGAGGAUUCGGAAGAGGUCCUGGGUUCGAUCCCCAGUGGGACUACAUUUUUUCUUUUUUCUUUUUUGCUCCUCGAGAUGCAACGACCCAUCAUCCAUCCAUCCAUCCCAGGUUGCCAGCAAAAUCUUGUGUGCGCGACGUCAACUGCAAACAAAGUCUUACUUUUAACGCUACAACUAACCCCGCCAUGAAAAUUUGUUCUGUUUUCCUCAAUCACAAAACCCACACAUUUUCAAUGACUUCUCCACGAAUGUUUGCUGCCAUAGCAAAUGCAUUGGA